AUGGCUGUGGGAAGAAACAUUAGCAUGGUGACCAAUUUCAUCCUUUUGGGAUUUUUAGAGCAUCCCCAGCUGCAGGUUGUCCUUUUCGUGUUGUUUCUGGGGAUCUACAUGGUGACCAUGGUUGGGAACCUGGGCCUCAUUUUCCUGAUCAGAAUGGACUCACACCUCCACUCCCCCAUGUACUUCUUCCUUAGCAACUUGUCCUUUGUUGAUGUCUCAUACACGUCCUCCAUAGCCCCUAAGAUGCUCUGUGAUUUUUUUAGGGAGCAGAAGGCCAUCUCCUUUGUAGGAUGUGCCACACAGUUUUUCUUCUUUAUUGGAAUGGGAGGCACUGAGUGCUGUCUCCUGGCAGCCAUGGCAUAUGACAGAUAUGCUGCUAUCACCAAUCCUCUACUCUAUCCAUCCAUCAUGUCACCCACCACCUGCGUGGGUAUGGCCAACACAGCAUACACAGGAGGGCUCAUCACUGGCUUGGUCCAAACCUGCUCCAUAUUCCAGCUUCAUUUCUGUGGGUCUCGGAUCAUUAACCAUUUUUUCUGUGAUUUGCCACCCCUGAUGUCCUUGUCUUGUUCUAGUACUUUUCUCAGUCAAGUAGUAAAUUUUCUGGUUGUGUGUACAGUUGGUGGGGCAUCAGCCCUGGUUGUCUUGAUCUCCUAUGGCUACAUCAUUGCUGCUGUCAUGAAGAUUCAUUCAAUCCAUGGGCGGAUGAAGGCUUUCAACACCUGCGCUUCUCAUCUAACUACAGUGAUUCUUUUCUAUGGCUCUGGUCUCUUCUCAUACCUCCAUUCUAGUGCUGGCUACUCUCAGGACAAAAAUAAGGUGGUGUCCAUGUUUUAUGGUGCAGUGAUCCCCAUGUUGAACCCUAUCAUCUAUAGUCUGAGAAACAAGGAGAUCAAAGAAGCAUUGAAGAAACUCAAGGAGAGGAAGAAGCAGAUGUCCUGUCUCUGUCCUACAGUUCCUUAG